AUGGAGACCGCCCGGAGACGUCGUCUGGAGACUAAUAUAAAUAACAUGGAGGCUAUUCUGCAGGACGCUCGUGCUGCCUGGGAAAAGGAAGAAGAAGCCUGGGAGACGACGAAAGCAGCUUGGCAAGAACAACGAGAAGCUUUGCAAGCGGAAGUAGGAGCUUUGCAAGCGAAACUAGAAGCUUCGCAAGCGAAAUUAGCAGCCACGGGUGACGGAAAAAUGAAAUCAUUGUUUUGGGAUGCCUGGAAAUCGAUGCUGGAGAAUUAUUUGGCGAAGAAGGAAUGGAAGUUUAGGGAACUAGAAUCAGAAUGGGAACGGAAACUAGAAGACUGGAAGAAGAAAGAAUAUGACUUGAAGGAUGGCGUAAACGUUGCGAAGUCGGAGCUUGUUGAGAAGGCGAUCAAGACGUACUAA